AUGGGGCCCAGUCCCCGGGGUAUCUCUGGCCCUGUCCCCGGGGUAUCUCAGAGCCCUGUCCCUGGGGUAUCUCAGAGCCCUGAUCCCGGGGUAUCACAGGGCCCUGUCCCCGGGUCUAUUAGUUUUGAUGUUAUUAAAGGUACAUUUCGGGGACCAGUAGUCAAUACCAAAUUUUUUGGUGGAACAUGCCGGAAGGUGUUCAGUGGUGAUAACCGUGAAUAUUAUCGUCUGCCAGAGAGUAUUCUGCAGUAUACCUUCCAGGUUAAGGCUAAGAAUGAUUUUAAGUACCAGAGAUACGAGAGCAGCUGGUCAUAUCUUAAAAUGACAAAGGGGAACUAUGCUGAGUCUGGCCGGGGAAUCUUCUCCAGUUAUUCCUCAAACUAUGAUCAAUUUACCAACAAGAACAACGAGAAAAAGAAGGUCAGUAAGACAGAGCCUAUUGAUUGUGGUCUCACAGAUUUUUCGACAACACACAGUUCAAGUUGUUCACAAACAUCAUUCAACUUCAUUUUCAUUAGUUAUGAAAAGUCUAAAUGUGGGCAAUACAACGAGGCACUGAGAACGGCGAUGGGUGGAUCCUCUGGGCAGAUGCGGGGUUUAUCUUCGACCAGGGGGGGCCGUCCAGCCUUUGUGGCCGCUCUGAGCCUGAUCAACGUGAGGGACCCCCAGGCCAACAGCGAGGUGUAUCAGCGAUGGGCUGCAUCAGUGAAGGAGUACCCUGUCAUCAUCAACCAAAAGCUCGCUCCUCUCCAUGAGCUGGUGAAGGGUGUGCCCUGUGCUGGGGUGAAGAGUCAUUACCUGCGCAAAGCGAUUCAGCAAUAUAUCGAUGAAUUACAUCCUUGCAAGUGUCGGCCGUGCCUGAAUAAUGGGCAGGCGGUGGUGGUUGGCUCUUCCUGCCAGUGUUUCUGUAAACCUUAUACCUUCGGGGUGGCCUGUGAGAAAGGAGUGCUCGCUCAGGACCAAGAAAGUGGAGUUGGCAUUGCUGGGGGCUGGAGUUGUUGGACUGAGUGGACGACUUGUGUGAAUGACCGGCGUUCCCGAUCCCGACGCUGUGAUAAUCCCCAUGCUGGCCCUGGGGGCAGGCAGUGUCCCGGACAGAGCUCCCAGUCGGAGCGGUGUGAGGAUGAUGAAAUGGAUUAUUUACGACAACUCGAGCCCCAUUGCUUUGAAAUGCCAAUUGAACCGAUCACAGGCUGCUCAGCUCCCCCUGAACUGGAGAAUGGAGCUGUCCAGGAUCUGAGGGCUGUGUAUCUUGUGGGAAGCCAUGCUGUAUACCAGUGUCUCGCAGGUUACUUCUUCUCUGAAGGGGAUGGUACCUUGAGAUGUGGAGAGGAUUUGCGUUGGGAAGCGAAGACCCUAGAGUGUCUAAGUGAGUGUUUGAGCAGGGCUCUGAGCCCAGAUUCCAGAAGAGAUGUGACAAUGUGUCCACGUGUGGUUUCAAACUGUCGCUCUAUGUUUAUUUCAGGGGCAGUUACGGAAGCUCCAGAACCUCCCCAGUGUGCUCCAUGGGAGAAGAUGAAGAUUGGAAAGUGUGUUUGCAAAAUGCCUUAUGAAUGCAGCCGCUCGCUGCCAGUCUGUGUGGUGGAUGGGAAGACGAGGAGGGUAAUGUUGCUGACACUAUGCAAGCUCCUGACAUUGGAGUGCCUGGGCCGACAGUAUGAGCUGGUCCCACAGAGCACCUGCCCAUCACCUGCUCCUUCUCCAGCUUCCCGCUGUGGUUCCUGCUCACUCGGAGAGACCUGCGAUGAGGAGCGAGUCGGGUGUGUGUGCCAGCCACAGGAGGAGUGUCCUGCUGGAGGGAUUCAGUUCUGUGUCCUGCUGGAGGGGAGCGAGGAGGAAACAACAGUGAGUGAGUGUGAGGCCGCAGUGUGGAGGUGUCAUGGGAGAAGUUUCACUGUUGUCGCCAGCCGCCCGUGUUUACAACGCUUGGCCACUGCAACCGCCUAUGACCCGCAGAGUUAAAGGUCUGAGGGUCAGCACCCGAUAACCCCCUGACCCAAGCACCCAGCCUCCAUCAUAUCUUGUCAAACCCUGUUCACUUCCCCCACAACUCUCUCCCAGUUCUACUGCCAUCCAGAACCAUCCGAACCUGCUCCCGAAAUCCUGAAUCCCACAGCCUACUCGCACCCCCCCCCCCCCCCUUCCUCCUCAGACCACCCUCCACCUGCUCUCUCCCUCAAGCUCAAUAAACCUCCUUCCACUCUGA